AUGAGACACAAUCUGGUGUGUCAGACAUCUCCCACUGUCACUGUUCAUGUAAAAUUGAGUGCAUCCAGAUCACAUCAGCAAAAAAAACUUAUUAGACUAAAGCGCCCUACUUUUGAAGAACAUGAAGAAAAUGGUGAAAAAAAUGUUCCUAGACAUAAAUAUCAAUGUCCAAAGGGACCACGUCAAGUUAUUCAUCGUCAGGAAAUGAUAGCUUUUUUAAAAUUAUUUGAUGAUGAUCUAAUCCAAGACUUCCUUUGGAUGGACUGUUGCUGUAAAAUUGCAGACAAGUAUCUCUUGGCAAUGACUUUCGUUUAUUUCAAGAGGGCUAACUUCACAAUAAAUGAGCAUACCAGAAUCAAUUUCUUUGUGGCUCUGUAUCUGGCAAAUACAGUUGAAGAAGACGAUGAAGAAUCAAAGUAUGACAUUUUCCCAUGGGCUUUGGGAAAAGCCUGGAGAAAGCUCUUCCCUGAUUUCUUAAAAUUAAGAGAUCAACUGUGGAGUAAAAUUGACUACAGGGCUAUUGUAAGCAGACGCUGCUGUGAAGAGGUGAUGGCUAUUGCUCCAACACAUUAUAUAUGGCAGCGAGAACGUUCUGUGCACCACAGCGGAGCUGUGAGAAACUAUCACAAUGAUGAAGUACAGCUGCCCCGAGGACCUAGUGGUACUCCUGCAGACUGCUUGCUUUGUGGUAAGAAAGGAAGAUUUGUACGACUAAGGUUAUCAUCAUCUUCCUCCUCAUCUACUGGCACUUUGGAGAUGAUGGAACUACAUUCAUCCCAGAAUGCGAAGGGCACCUUUCCAACUGAAAAAAUGCUCGUUGACUCUCCUUCUCAUUGCACCCAAGACUAUCAGAGCCUGUCCAGCAAAAGGAGACAAGGUAGCACCUCCGACCAAGACAAAUCCAUGGACUGGUUUACCAGCAAUGAAGAAUGACACACACCCGAGGAGCC